GGCCGGAAGUGGGCCGGGAAUCGUGUAGCGCCGCGGGGUAGGAGAUGAAGCCGGCGGUGGAUGAGAUGUUUCCCGAGGGCGCCGGGCCCUACGUGGACCUGGACGAGGCGGGAGGCAGCACCGGGCUCCUGAUGGACUUGGCAGCCAAUGAAAAGGCAGUUCAUGCAGACUUUUUUAAUGAUUUUGAAGAUCUCUUUGACGAUGACGACAUCCAGUGAGAUCCUGCCCCCACCGUGCGUGUGGUCCAGCCUUUGUUACGUGAUGGUGUGGUGGAUCUCCUCAAAGGACGAUUUCAGAUGGUUCUCAAGAACUUGUGGAAGUCACUUGAAAUUAGGAGAUGGUUAACCGAGAAAGAGAAGGAUGGUUUAGCCAUCUGGACAAGGCCUGUUAAUCUCUGAAUGUGACCAGCUUUUGUCCUAACUUCAAUUAAAAAAGGCGAUGUUGUCACUUGCA